UGGAGCUGGCCAAUGACUUUGCCCGCAGGCCCAGUCUCUUCCCUGUGGUCUGUCAGAGCCCCCCCGAGCCUAUCGCUGUCCCGACCAACAGGUGGCUCCUGACUGUGUACGGGAAGGACUUGAUGAGCCGUAUGGGUCACAUCAAGGCCAGCAUCACCUCCACCUUUGGCUCUAUUUUAAAAAUGGAUUCCACAAAGAAGGUAAAAAGGACAUCAGUAACAAUGCAUCAACAAUAUAUGAAAUGUGUUUUCUCAUAACACCAUAUCCCAGCUUGUGAGCCAUUUGAGUUAUAGUCACAAAUGUGUCAAUGUUUAUUUGAUGUGCAUUUUUGCGUGUGUAAAUGCCUAUUUUAUGUUUUUUCCUAGAUGUACUUUUGUGUAUAUAUUUUGCUUCUGUUUUGUUCUUAUUCUAAUUUCUAUUAUUGUUUUGAAAGCACUCUGAAUUAGUUUAUUCUGUUUAAUUCCAGACGACCAAAAAGCUGUCUGGAGCCGCCAAGGGGACGGCGCUCUGGGUAUCCUCCGUCAGCAACGAAAAGGGGCAGGUCCUGAUCAGCGUCCUGACAGCCCAGGAGGGACCUGGACUGGACCGGAUGGUGUCAGGCCUCAUCAGGCGCUACAGCGAGGCGGGCAUGGCUCCCCCUAUACUCCUCAAUGUGGACUGUGGCUACUGCAAGGAGACAGGAGGGGAGAGCAAGCUGAAGGCCAGGUUCGGCGGCUGGCCAGACCUCGUCAUCCGGCUGGACGUCUGGCACUUCCUUCGGCGGCUUGCGGCCGGAUGCACGACCGACGCCCACGCCCUGUACCCCAUCCUCAUGGCCAAGCUCUCCAUCUGCCUGUUCGAGUGGGACCCUGAAGAUGUGGCCCUUCUGCGCCACGCCAAGAGGGAGGAGCUCCGGAGGGAGGUUGUGCCCGGCAUCUCCGAGGCUCUGGUUUACAGUCGUUUAACCAAGGCCCAGUUGGCGCUGUACUGCAGGCGGAGGACUCGUGGAGAGGAGGCCACCAUCCGCCAGGUGGAGGCCCUGCUGCAGGAGCUGAUAGGGGACAAAGGCAGGGACCUGCUGGGUGUUCCCCUCCUGGACCGGUUGAGGAUGGAGCACAUCUGGCGGGUUCAGAAGAGGCACAUCAAGUGCAUCAAGGACCUGCCAGGUGUGCCUCUAUACACAAAGACCGGCACCACCACCACCAAGGAGGGCGUUGUCCUCACCAAGCACAGGUGUGCGCAAGGUUCAACGUCCCUGGAGUCCUUCCACUGCCACCUGAACCGCUUUAUUCCAGGGACCCAGGCCAAUGACCUGAACUUCCAGCUCUACCUGCUGGACGGGCUGAACCGGUGGAACCAGGCCGGGCUGCUGCUGCUGUGGCUGAGAAGAUGUCCGCUCUCCUCAGCUACUCGGGGGAUCUGGUACAUUGUGUGAACACAUUUGGCACCAAUGUGUUUGGACAGAUGUUUGUCCCCUCUAACCGCCUCCCCAGCAAGUACACUGGUAAGUUGCACUGAAUACUGAAUGCUUCACACUGGGACAUGAAAUGACGACCAGGCUUGCAUACGUUUCAAAUGAAAUGUUUUUAAUUCUGCAAAACAGAUUAGAUUCACAUAUUUGCAUAUUCUGUCGUCCAAUCUGUCAUCAUAAAUAUGUUAACAAGUCACAACAAGAAGGUGCUAUAAUCAAAUAAUGAAUGGGGGCUGCUCACUUCCUAUCUAUAUUCAGACCAACAUUAAUAUGGUUUCCACACAUGUUGGUGUACUUAUUCUGCUAAUCCCAGUAUUGUUUUCAU